CGUCAUGGACGACAACGACAACCGGCCCGUGUUCGUCAACCAGCCGUAUCACGCCGUCGUGCCCGUCGAGGCCACCGUCGGAGCUCCUGUCACCAAGGUGACGGCGAUCGACGCUGACCUGGGCGACAACGGCCGGGUGCACUAUGACCUGCUGCGGGGCAACGGCGACCUGUUCGCGGUGGACCUGCUGAGCGGGGCUGUGACGCUGCGCCGCUCGCCGCGCGGCCUCGACACCGCCUUCAGGCUGGUCGUCACUGCCUACGACGGAGGCUCGCCUCCCCUCUCCUCGGAGGCGGAGGUAUUGGUGACAACCGUGGACGGCAGUCAGCCCCGCUUCUCCCAGCCGCACUACUGGGCCCGCGUGGCCGAGUCGGCCGAGCGGCGCACGCCCGUGCUGACGCUGGAGGCGGACGCCCCGUCCGCCUCCAGCCUGGUGUUCCAGCUCACAGAGCCGGCCGUCGACUCCAUGUUCGCCGUAGACUUCACCACCGGCGUUCUGUACGUGGCUGGUGAGCUGGACUACGAGACCCGGCCGCGCUACGAGCUGAUGGUGUCGGCCACGGACCGGGUCACGGGGUCAAUGACCUCUGUGCCGGUCACGGUGAACGUCACGGACGUCAACGACAACGCGCCUCAGUUCGAGCGGUCGGUUUACAACGUGACGGCCAGCGAGGCGGCCCACCCCGGCCUGAAGCUGCUGCACGUGAAGGUCACGGACCGGGACCAGGAGGACGACCAGCCGCUAAGCUUCCGUGUCCAGGAGGCGGACGGCUCGGAGAGCUUCCUGUUCCACAUGACGUCCGACGGCUCCCUGGCCGUCACCAGCUACCUGGACUUCGAGCAGCGGGCCGCUGCACCAGCUGUGGAGGACGUGAACGACAACGUGCCGGUGUUCGACCGGGCCAGCUACGCGUGCGAGCUGACGGAGCUGCCGUCGCGAGGACAGUUUGUCACCAUGGUGAAGGCGCACGACCCGGACCCCACCGACCAGCUCGUCUACCGCAUCGCUGACGGCAACGACCGCCAGCUGUUCUACAUCAACAGGCGCACAGGCGUCAUCACGGUGGCCAAUAUCCGGGCGUUCGACGAGUCGCCCCAGUACCAGCUGAACAUAACCGCCGCCGACGGUAUUCACCACACCUACGUGCCCCUGACGGUCCGACUGAUGCCCGCUAACAAGCAUGCGCCCGCAUUUGAGAAGGUCGCCUACGAGGUGGACCUGAGUGAAGACGUGGCCAGCGGCACUCCGGUGACCCAGGUCAAGGCAUAUGACCCAGACAGGGGUCCCCUGGGCGUGAUCAGCACCCGUCAGCGGUUGGACCGUGAGACGGAGCCGGUGCUGAAGCUGCCCGUGGGAACUUAUGCUGUGUUGUGUACAGGUGUGAUCAGCACCGUCAAGGUCCGGCUGUCGGACGUCAACGACAACGCGCCCCGCUUCCAGCUGGCUCAGUACCGGGCCGUCGUGGCGGCCAACCUCACGGCCGGAGACGUCGUCUGCAAGGUGACGGCGUACGACUCGGACGAAGGAGACAACGCCAGAAUCGCGUACAGCAUCUUCGAGACGGAGGUGUCGGACAUCAGGAAGGCCUUGGAUAUCGACUCGGAGACGGGAGAGAUCAUUCUGAUGCAGCAACCAAACCAGCUUGGUGAGCAGUUCCACCCGCCGGCUGUAGCAGUGACUAGAGCUCGAUUGGGAACUUAA